AUGCCCACCAUCCGGGCUCCGGCUUCCAGGCAGACGGCCACGCUGCAGGUGGCUGUCAAGUGCAGGCCACUGACCGACAACGAGAGCCGGCGCUCGCGGCACAUCAUACAAGUAAUUGAUGACAAGAAUGUAGCUGUGUUGGACCCUGAUAUCUCCAAGGGCUACCUGGACCUCAUCCAGAACCGGACCAAGGAGAAAAGAUACAGCUUCGAUCACGUGUACGCGCCUGGAUGCUCCAAUACGGAUGUUUAUAAGAAUAUUUCUCCCACAGUUUUGGGUGUAGUUCAAGGCCUUAAUGUGACAGUCUUUGCGUAUGGCUCUACUGGAAGAUGUGGUCAUCGAAUUAACGCAUUAUAUUUUCCUGAAUUUCCUCUAUUUCAAAAUUUUCUUAUCUGUACCAUGCUUGAUUGUAUUUACUUCACACUUAGUCAGUUGCCAUCCCAAUUUAAUGAUUGUUCAAAUGGUUUUGCUAUUUCUAAGUCACCGUCCAGUGGCAAAACAUAUACGAUGGUUGGAAGCCGGAGUGAUCCUGGUCUUAUGGUUCUUAGCUUCCGCACAAUCUUUGAUCAAAUAAAAAAAGAUGAUAGUUCAGAUACAUUUGAAGUCUCAUGUUCAUAUCUGGAAGUAUACAAUGAGGUUAUCUAUGAUUUGCUUGAGAAAUCCUCAGGUCACCUAGAGCUUCGUGAGGAUCCCGAGCAUGGCAUAAUAGUUGCUGGUUUAAGAAGAAUUAAGAAAAUACGUUUGCUCUCUUUUUCAAGUUCACACGCUGUACUGGAGAUUACUGUAAGGCGCAAGCAGAAAGGAAAAUAUGGUAGUCAAGUUCUUCGUGGAAAGCUGGCCUUGGUUGAUCUUGCGGGAAGUGAGAGGGCUUCUGAAACGAACAAUUUUGGCCAAAAGCUUAGAGAUGGAGCAAAUAUUAACAAGUCACUUCUAGCGUUAGCAAAUUGCAUCAAUGCCCUUGGCAAGCAAAAUAAGAAAGGUCUAGCAUAUGUUCCAUAUCGCAACAGUGUGACAGUGGCUAUUUACAGCAAAUUAACUCGAAUUCUGAAGGAUGGUCUCUCUGGUAAUUCUCGAACUGUUAUGAUUGCCACAAUAUCACCAGCUGAUGAUCAGUAUCAUCACACUACCAAUACACUCAAGUAUGCAGAUCGUGCUAAGGAGAUAAAAACACAUGUUCAUAAAAAUAUUGGAACUAUCGACAAUCAUGUUGAAGACUACCAGAGGAUGAUAGAGAAUCUCCAGGGUGAGGUCUCCCAGUUGAAAAAGGAAUUAGCUGAUAAGGAGCAUCAGUUGAGCGUAAAACCUACUGAAAAGGCUGCAGAUAAUGAGCUAUCUUGGCUAAAUGUCUUGAGCCAGGAAACUGGUGAGAAUGUUCAGGAACGCAUAAAUCUACAGAAAGCACUGUUUGAACUUGAAGAAACCAACAAGCGUAACCGGAUGGAGCUCCAACAUCUUGACGGUGCAAUCGCAAGACCACAGGUGAAUGAGAAGGAUUAUGCCCUUUUGCAAGCCUUAACAUCAAGGAGGCAAGUUAUUCUUGACAACAUCCGUGACAAUGAUGAAGCUGGUGCUGGCUACAGAAAGGAUAUUGAACUGAAUGAGAGUCGUAGGCGUCAGCUCCAAGAUAUGAUCGAGGAGGCUACGAGUAACAAUGGGAACAGGACUUACCUGCAGAUUCUCAGCCAAUACAGGCUUCUUGGAAUGAAUAAUGCUGAGCUUCAAAUUGAGAUGGCUAUGCGGGACCAAGUAAUACAUAACCAGAGGGAAUCUCUAAGGAGCCUAUGGAACAUUCUCUAUGGAACAGGGCUAAACCAGAAACAGAUUCUGAAGUUGGCUGCUAAGCAAGGCUUAACUGUGGAAGGCUGUCCUUUGCCUAGCUCGAGCCCUGAUGUUGCUACACCCCAUGGAAGGCUACCACCAUUCAUGUCGUUUCCUAGUCCACAGUCACAGUCUUCCUCUCCAUCUAGUUGCUUUUUACAACAAGGUUUCAGCACCAUGUCUGUUCUCAAAAAUCAACAUGAGACGCCUACCAUCUGUAGGCAGGAACAUCUCAGCUCUUACUACAUGAUGUCUGGCUCCUCGCCUUAUGCUGGUGAUGGAAAACAAUGGGCAAGUGGAGCGUCAACGCCAUACCAUUCUACCCCAGAAACGAAAAGCGAGCGAUCGCCCUGCAGUGGCGAGCUUCGCACCCCAUAUUCUGGAAUUGAAGGUUUCAGCAGGCAAAGGAAGGUAAUUGUCUGUCUCUCUUUUUCUACAAGCAAAUUGCACUCCAUAAUUCUGGAGUUGGGGCACUGA